AUGUCCUGCUCGGUUUGUAGUAUAAAUCCCAUAAAGUACACAUGUCCAGCUUGUGGAGUUAAGACUUGUUCGUUUCCUUGUGUCCAAAAGCACAAGCAAGACUCAAAAUGCACCGGUACUGUAGAUCAGACUAAAUUCUUAGGUAAAAAGGAAUUGUCAUCAACUGACAACCACAUAAACCGAGACUACAAUUUCCUCAUGAACAUAGGUAGAAAUAUAGACUUAGGAAAGGAUGAUAUUAAAUUAAAUGCUAAGAACGUAUUUAAACGACAAUUCCAUCAGAGGAGCAACAACAACGCUGGUCAAAAUAACAACAACAAGCGAUUCAAAGCAGAAGACAUAGAUCCGAGAAAAUACUUAGUAAAUAAAGUGUUUCCGAAUUCCCCACCUUCUAUAAUUAGAAGAAAUAACACAUUAGUAGUGCAGCUUCCUACUGGGAUGUCAAGGGCUACAUCUAACAAGACUGGAUACGACAAAAGAUUGGGGACUUUCAUCUGGACGAUUGAGUGGGUAUUUAUAGAUUUGGAUGGAGCAGAGGUGACAAGAUUUCUAAGCUAUAGAAUGAAAGAGGGAACAAUAUUACGAGACUCUUUUCCAAUGAAUAUUUUGAAUAAGUCAUUGGCGAAGGGAAAAGAAAAUGAAUAUGAAAAUCAUGCUCUGAAUGUAGCAGGGGUAGAAGCAGAGACUACGAAAGAGAACGUCCAACUCCCUGUACGAGGAAUCGAAAAAGAAGAGGAAGCAGGGAAGGCAUCCACGGUAGACAACGCUGAAUCUAUACCCGAAAAAUAUAUAGACAAGAGUGAACUAUGCUUUUACUUAGAGAAUAUCUUGGACAAAAAUAAGAAGAGAUCUAUUAUAAAGUUAUCGCCAGAACUUAUGAUCUCAGAAGUGUUAACGGAUAAAGUGGUACUUGAAUUUCCUACUAUUUAUGUUACUAGGCACGAGAAUACUUGGAAGGAAUAUAUUAGUGAACAAUUUGGUGAGGUAUCCUCUGACGAAAGUAGCAGCGAUAGCAGUAGCGAAGAGGACAGUAGCAAUGAUAGCAGCGACGAUAGCAGCGAAGAGGAAAGUAGUGACAAUGAGAGUGACGAUGGACCACCAGAAAGUUCUUCAUCGAAAGCUAUUGUUGAGGAGAUGAUGUCAGUAACAUCGCCAAUGAAUGCAGUGCAAGAUGAAACUGCAGCAGAGCAUAGCGCUUAG